GCCUAGGGGCGCAAAAAAUUUAAAUACGCCACCGUGUGUCUCCUGAAACAGCUGUCUUUACUCAAUUGUUUUUGUAGAAUUUCCCGAAACUUUUUGAGCAGCCCACCUACUAUUACAUGUUUUUUAUUCUGUGGUUGAAGUGUAUUAUUCUAUUGUUGUUUUGGCUUGGCGUACGAAAGAGGUUAGGUAAAUAAACUAAACACCUGUGGAUUAGGGAGAUGUGAUCAAUUAGUUAUCAGUAUUCAGUUGUGUUGUGCAAUAAUAAACUUGCUGUUGGGCAUAAUGUAUCCUCUACCUAAUUGGCCAAAUAAGUCCCCUAAGUGGGACAGCAAAACGCUAGAAAUUUUAGAUUUACCAAAAACCAUUCCUUCAGAUGUGAAUGUUGAAGUAAUCUUAAACAAAAGUGAUCGAUUUCCUGUGAAAUUCCCAAUUGAUACUGUGAGAUGCAAAACCUUACAGACCACUGUGGAAACAGACACUCUCGAAAGGAACAUCAAUUCGGCUUAUCCCUUAAUACACGAAAAUGCCCUACACUUAUGCGCAAAAUUCUUAUUGCAUAAAAGGAAAAAUGGAACCGUGGACGAACAGCGAGUGUACAAAAAUAUGACCAUUUCAACCCUUAUUGAUCGUCUCUUAACAAAACGUGCCGUAGUGUUCAUGGGAAGAUUCGAUAGUUACCUGCUGAUAAAUCAAACAAAGGGUGCAGGUAAGUGGGAGUUGAUUGGAAAAGAUCCCAGAUCACGACUGUCCCUUGAAAACUGUUUGAGUUACGACGAGAUUAAGUUAUCUGCCUUCCUUUCGGUUACUUCGUAUACAUAUUUUAUUAACGAUGGGACGAGAAAGAAUAUGGGCAAGGUAGCUACAACCCGGACGAAUAUUCAAGAUGAGGGUGUGGUAAUUGGAUUAAUUGGAGCUCGACUUAAGAAAGCAAAGGUGAUGGAGUAUGAGGAGAUGGUUGUAACUAAGGCUCAGAAUAUUGAAGAAAAUGGCUAUGGGGAAGAAGAAAGCUUACACAGUGUUUUUGCUAAUUUUUAUGAAGAACCUUGUUUUACUUAUGGACAAGUGUUGGAUCAAGUAAAGACGCAACCAAGACGGUUUACUGCUUUGGGCAAUGAAGAAUUUUUUGACAAUGUUGUCUUUGCCAAAAGGAUUGCGUUGUCGAUUGACACUUUGUUAAUUGAAGCUAAUGAAAGAGCUCACUGUAGAAAUACAACAGCGUUUGUCCAUGUUGUUGGUAUUGGUUUGGGUGUAUGGAAAUGCUCCCCUCAUCAAGAGGAGCUUUUUGUAGACGUCUUUGGCAAAAGGCUAGAAUCAUUAGGAAAACUUACAACCUGCAUUUCUGAUGUUUACUUCUCAUAUAUCAACGCCAAACAGUGUAACGGGUGUAAAUCUGGAGAAGUCAUGAAAAUUAAAGAUCAUCCUAAUGGAAUUAAGAUUCACAUUGGCAAAAGAGACCCACAUGUCAAGCUUUCUGGUAGCAAUGCAGGAAAGUUGUUAAUAGUCUCAUAUGCAUGGGACGGCAAUGCAUCGCCAGGAAAUGAAUUUUGGCUAGGUAAAUUGGGCUCAACUGGAGAUUCAGCAGCAGCCGCUUCAACACAAAUCACAGAAAUUCACAAUUGUCACAUAAAUCCCAAGAUUUGUGCGGCCAAUCUUCGAAUUGUUACAGCUGAUGGGUUGAAAACGUAUGAGGAGUAUGUGAGGUGUAUUAAAAGUGGAAAAAGAAAAUUGGGAGGUUGAUUGAAAUAAUACAUUUUGAUAAUAAAGAUUAUUUUUAUUUCAUUGUAAGCCAAAUGAAACAUUUAAAACCAAAAAAGAAUUUGUUUUGUUUCUGAAAUAGAAUUUGUAGAAUUAACAUAGUAUUUGUUAAAAAUGUGUGUGAUUUAUUAUUAUGUAUCGUAAUUCAUACUGUACCUACUUAAACUUGUAUGUGAUAGAAAAAGUGAUAGCAACUUAAGAAUUGAGUUCGAACUAUAAAUUUAUAGAAUUUGUUACCUUUUCUACCAUGUGAAUUGUUAGUUUGUUUAGAAGUUAUAAGCAGUUGUUUAA